AUGCCAGCGAUGAAAAUAUUUGAAAUGUCUUUUCGAUACCUACGUGACCAUCUAGUUGACGCUCUUAGGGCGCAAGUGAACGAAAUCCAUGAGUCAGACAUUUUGUACGUGAUUACAGUUCCGGCUAUUUGGAAUGAGGCUGCGAAACAGUUUAUGAGAGAAUCGGCUGUUAUGGCUGGUCUGGACAAUGAUCGGAUCAUACUUGCACUUGAGCCAGAGACAGCCUCAAUCUGGUGCCAACAUAUCGACACAAGUCUCAAGACAGACCUGAGCAGGACUGGCAGUCAGUACAUGGUCGUAGACCUUGGAGGGGGAACAGCGGACAUAUCUGUCCAUGAAAGAAACACAAACGGCACAUUGAAAGAUAUAUACAAAGCCAGCGGUGGACCAUGGGGUGGUACCUGUGUUGACCGCAAUUUCAUCAGCUGGUUGACCAUUUUUUUCGGGGAAACCACGUUGUCCAGAUUUAGAGAGGAAGACAUGGAGGAUUAUUUCGGACUUCUACGUGAAUUUGAGACGAAAAAGCGCACAAUUACCCCAGACACGGAUGGAUUUGUGACAUUUCGCUUGCCUAUAGCCUAAUGAAACAUUCACGAAAAGACUGAAAAACAGACAAUCGA